AUGGGAACCAAACAUCACGAAGAGGCCUUGCAGAAUAGCAUCUUGACUCCAGAGCAGCUAUUCAGACGCUUUGGAAACCCGCAUGUCCUUGACGAUCUUAUUCGACUGCGGGCAGUAGAUGCAACUCAACAGCCUAUCCUCGCGUAUCCAAAUUUCGAAAACGGUCAUGCCUCAUACGAAUAUUUCACUGGACGGGAUCUGGAUGCAAUGAUUGACCAGGCUGCCCAGAUUUUGGUAAACCAGGGCUUUACACCGCAACAGAAUGAUAGUAAAUAUGUCGUGGCACUGCUCACGCCUUCAGACCUAAAUAUGAUUAUCACCUUAUUUGCCCUCAGUCGGUUGGGAUACUCCAUCAUGUUAUUGUCUACUCGUCUUUCCGCCGCCGCUUGUGUCUCUUUGCUCGAUGCUGUCGGUUGUGAUACUAUUCUCUACGAACCGUCCUUGAAUAUUCGAGCGACUAUAGGCGAGGUAUUGAGAUUGAAAGCGAUCGCGUGUCGCUCUAUCGUUCAGAGAGCAUCUCUAAGCCAAGCACAAGUCUCGCCAUCCGUGUCGGCGUUGAAGAGAAGUCGUUCUCACGAAGAACAAGAGAAAAGCGUCGCGAUUAUAAUGCAUUCGUCUGGAUCAACUGGAUUUCCCAAGCCGAUCUUCAUCACCCAUCAGGUACUGAAGAUGUUCAUGAUACGAGGAUCAGAAAUGACGGCAUUCAUCCCACUCCCUUGGUUCCAUUCGUACGGUCUCUGCAAAUAUCUACCAACUAUGUACAUGGGAAAGACGGCGUUCAUGUGGAAUACCUCAUUACCCCUAACUGCUGGGGGUCUGGUUGCCGCCAUGGAAGAAGCACAACCAGAGUCUGUGCACAUAGUCCCGUAUAUACUGCAAUUAUUGGCAGACAGUUCUCACGGAGUUGAACUGCUCCGGAAAUGCAAGGUCGUCACCUACGGUGGCGCUGUCUGUCCUGAUGAGCUGGGCAACCGUUUGGUGCAUGAGGGAGUGCGGCUCGGUUGCCAGUUUGGCUCAACCGAAUCAGGCACUGUCGCAGACUCCACCUCCCGCCCAAAAGAUGAUCCGUACUGGAAUUAUCUGCAAUUCGACAACAAUCUCUGGCAAUUCAUAUGGAUGAAACCAAUCGGCAACUCCCUCUAUGAAGCUGUCUACCUAACUGGUCUUCCCUCGUUACGUUUGACGAAUUCCAACGAUCCUCCGGGAUCUUACCAUUCUCGCGACGUCUUCGAGCCGCAUCCGACAAUCUCCGGUCGAUGGAAAUACAUCAGCAGGCUGGAUGACCGUGUCACGCUGAUCAAUGGCGAAAAGGUUCUACCUCUGCCUAUUGAGGGUACUAUCAAGCAGCACUCGCUGGUUCAGGAAGCUGUUGUUGUGGGAAUUGGGAAGGCGGUUCCUGGGUUGCUCGUUUUUCGUUCUGAGGAGUCCAAGGGUCUUUCUGAUGAAGAAUACUUUGACUCCGUAUGGCCAGCAAUUCAAGACGCGAAUUCCCGAGCCGAGCAAUUUUCACAGGUUGCUCGAGAGAUGGUCGCCGUCUUGCCUCAUGAUGCUCCAUGUCCACGGACAGAUAAAGGCUCAAUUAUUCGGAUGCAGGUGUACAUGAAAUAUGCUGAGGUAAUAGACAGCAUGUAUGCCAGACUCGAGACCGGUGAAGGUGGUAGGUUCGAGCUGGAUACCACGGCCACGGGAGCCCACCUGAUGAAGCUUUGUCAGGAAGUUGGUCUUUCAAUCCCAGGCGCAGAUGUCGACCUUUUCAGUCAGGGAGUUGACAGCUUGAAGGCAAUUCACCUGCGACGCUUGAUUCUUAGGGAUUUCAAGAUCGUGGACAGCGGUGCAAUCAGCCAGAACGUCGUUUUCGAAACUGGAACCAUUGCCCGGCUUGCGGAGCAUAUUUGUUCUGUGCAGAGUGGACGGCAGACGAGGAUUGAAGAUGAAAUCUCGCUGAUACGGGGGUUGAUCAAAAAGUACUCUUCAUUCCAUCAACAUAGUCCGAGCCUAGAGUGUGCCACUGGGAAGAGUGUGAUAUUGACCGGGGCGACUGGCUCUAUCGGAGCACAUAUCCUGGUGACUCUCCUUGACGACGACAGUAUCUCCACUUUGUACUGCCUCACACGCAGAAACAAGCCCAAGGAUGCAAUCCUGAAUACCCUAUCCCAAAAGGACCUACAACUUCCAACCUCCAAAACCCAAAAGAUCAUCGCAUUGCACAGCACCCUCGAAAAACCCAACCUAGGCAUCGACGAAGAAAUACUUCACAAAAUGCAACAAUCAAUCACCCUUAUAAUCCACACCGCAUGGCCAGUCAACUUCAACCUCCCACUAUCCACCUUCGAACCACACAUUAAAGGCCUACACAAUCUCAUACAAUUCUCACUAUCAGUCCACCAACCCACCCCCGCAGCACUAUUCUUCUGCUCAUCUAUCUCGACAGCACUGGGAUUAUCAACACCCGAAGUCCACGAGAAACCAAUACCCGAUCUCCACAGCGCACUAGAAAUGGGCUAUGGUCGCUCCAAAUUCGUGGGCGAGCAUAUCGUUAGCAAUGCGCGAAAAUCGGGUGCCAGGGCAUAUACAUUGCGGAUUGGACAGGUCUCGGGGCACUCUGAGAAGGGGCUUUGGAAUGAUUCUGAAGCUAUUCCGUUGAUGAUUCGGUCUGCGGUGACGUUGAAGGUGCUUCCGGAGUUGGAUGUGGAGUGUUCUUGGUUGCCGGUUGAUGUGCUUGCAAGGGGUAUUAUUGAGAUCACGGGGGCUUGUGAGUGUGUAUCACGGCCUUAUUCGCCAAGGAGUGACAGUAGCGGUGGUUCGUCUUAUUCGAUGGUUGAGGAUGAGGACGACACCGUUUACAACCUCUGCAAUCCGUACACAUUCAGAUGGUCAUCUCUCCUCACAACUCUCCGGGAGCAUGGCUUCGAAUUCAAAACCGUUCCUUUCGAGACCUGGCUUCAGAUGCUACGGGACAGCGAAGCGCGAGGCGAAGAGCUUGUCAAUCCUGCUGUUAAAUUGACGGCGCAUUACGAGGCAACGUAUAGCGGCUCACCAAAACCAGAGCAGCAGGGAAAGAGGUUUCUGACUGGGAAAGCUGAGAGAGAUAGUGUGAGCUUGCGGGAUGGUAGAUUGAGGAUUAUUGAGGAUGGGGUUUUGGGGUCUUCUGCGAGGGAUUGGUUGAAGAGGUGGAGGGUAAAUGAGGAGAAGUAG